AUGCGACGAUCCCUUCAACUCAUCGCCUUGUCGGCCAUUCCUCUUCAGGUCUCCGCCGAGAAGGUCCUUGGAGCAUACAUAUUCGCGCGUCAUGGAGACCGCACUGCGAAGAUCCUCAAGAACACUCAGCUCACUGACCUAGGCUAUAACCAGGUCUACCUAACCGGAUCCGCCUACCACGACCGCUAUAUCAACUCAACCUCUUCAAAGUACAUUGACGGCAUCAGCGAGGAUGUUGUCAACCUCAGCCAGCUUACAGCGUCGGCACCCGCCGACGCUGUGCUGCAGAACUCUGCAACUGGCUUCCUUCAGGGUGUCUAUCCGCCCGUAGGCUCCGUGUCCAGCCAGGAACUGGCCAACGGAACAACUGUUGAAUCGCCUCUGAACGGCUACCAGCUUAUACCACUCUCGCUCAUUGACUCGGGAGCCAGCAGCGAAGAUAGCACUUGGCUGCAAGGAACGACGGACUGUAACAGAGCCAAGGUUAGCAGCGACAGCUACUACGAGUCUGAGCUGUACAAGACACUCUUCGAGGAGACCAAAGACUUCUACCAGUCUCUUUCUCCGCUCAUCAACACAUCUUUCUCGGAUGCCGAUAUGAGCUUCAGAAAUGCGUACUCUAUCUACGACUACCUCAAUGUUGGUUCGAUACAUAACACUUCCAACACGCCUACAGAGUCCCAGCUCCACCAGGCCUUCCUCCUUGCCAAUAUCGAGCAGUACAACCUCGCUUACAACUCCUCUGAGACCGUCCGCGCAAUCGCAGGCUCAACUCUUGCCGCUGAAAUGCUCAUGGGUCUUAACGAGACUGUUACCUCACAGGGGGAGGUGAAGCUCCACCUUGAGUUCGGCUCCUACGGUACUUUCCUCUCAUAUUUCGGCCUUGCGAACCUCCCUGCCGUGGACGCCGCCUUCACAGGAAUUCCAGAUUAUGCAUCCUCUAUGGUCUGGGAGCUCGUCACUAACUCCACCUCCGACUCAUUCCCUUCUACCGACGAGAUUAGCGUUCGCUUUGCCUUCCAUAACGGUACCAUGACUGGCUCUUCAUCCACGCCAACGACGUAUCCGCUUUAUGGUCAAUCCAGCUCCACAAUCCCGUGGUCCACAUUUGUUGAGCAGACCGAGAAGAUUGCCGUUAUGACUACGCAGCAAUGGUGCGAUGUCUGCGGAAACACAGAUGGACAGUGUGCUUCAUCCAGCGACACCUCGGACUCAGGCAACGCUUCUACGAACUCAUUUGCAGGUAGCAAUGGCGGUGGAAUCUCCAAGGGGGUGGCUGGUGUCAUUGGUGCUAUGGUUACUUUAGCUGUGAUCUUGGGUUUGGAGGCGCUUUUCCUCCUUCUGGGACCGUUCAGGCUUUCCAAGAAGGGAAGGCUUGCUGGCAUUGACAGGGGUAAUGUGGUGGAUGAGAAUAAAGAUUAG